AUACGGAAUCCCUUUCUCUUUCUCUCUCUACAAAAACCAAACACUUUCUUCCCAUCUCUCUCUUUCACAAUUUGACGAAAGGAUAACAAACAGGAGAGAGAGUAUUUGGUUCAGAGAAAAUUAUGGGGAGAUAUUUGGGGAAAUGUAAAGGUGUAGUCGGCGAAAUUGCGGUCGUCGGAGUUCGAACCAGAGCUCGAGCUGCCCUAGCUAUGGCGGCGGCAACAGCUAAUACUACUUCAUCUCCUGCGAAGAAGAUCAAGAAGGUUUCCAAAUCGUCUUAUAAUAUUCCUCAACUAAGGAAUCGGCGGAAGAAUUUGUCGGCGCCGGAGAAAACGACGUCGUCGGAAGUUGCGGCGGUUGUUGAUGAAGAAGAGGUUGCGAAUUGCUCUAGUAGCGAGGUGAUUACGACGGCUAGGUCGGAUUUUCCGCCGUCUUGUUGCUCAAGCAAUUAUGAUCAGUUGAGUUCAAGCGAAGCAGAAGAAGUUGUUAAAGAUCAUGAUUGUUUGGGAAAUAGUACAGCAGAUCCAGAGGUUGAGAGUGCAGCUGAGACGUCGUCAAAGCAAAAGGAAGAAGAGUGCCAUAGAACAGAACUUAGAGAAGCUACAAAAUCAGACGGCCAGGAUUCUCAGGCGACGAAAUCAACGGCUCAGAUCAGGAUGCCGUCUGAUUCAGAAAUCGAAGAAUUCUUUGCUGCUGCUGAGAAAGACAUCCAGAAACGCUUCAGCGAUAAGUACAAUUUCGACAUAGCAAAGGACCUACCAUUAAAAGGUCGUUACGAUUGGGUUCAAAUAAAGCCAUGAAUAAAGAAACUGGUGAAUAGUGAUGAUGAUGAAUGAAUUACUGAAUUCUUCCACAAUUAGCAGCUGAAAAUUGCAAAGUAAAUCUUUAAUUUUAGCUUUUUCUUUCUUUUUAGCAGAAAUUGAUCUAAUUUCUCAACCCAACAAAAAAAAAAAAAAAAAUCAGUAAUUCUACUGUUAAUUAUUAGCAGCUAAUUUUCUCUUUAAAAUUAAUUUUUAGUAGAAUUAUUUUUUGUUGAUGGGAAAUUGAAGAAGAAUACAAUCGCUAGAAGAAGAAGAAAGUAGUGGGUAGUAGUACUAGUGGGGUUGUACAUUCUGUCUCCUUUUGUAUCUUCAGUAAUAGUAGUAUCUAUUACUCUUUCAGAGAAGUCAGUUGAUUUCAAGUACAAAGAAAAGAACCUCCCUUACCAUUUUUUCAGUCUAAUAAAUUACAGUAAAAAAAAAUUAAUUUAAUUUAAUUUUUUUGUGGUUGUGAAAAUUAAAUUUUGUAAUUUUCCGGCCUCCAAAAUUGGGGGGUGUCUUAUGUCUGAUUGAUUUUCUGUUAAAAUUUGUACGAUCAAAUGCAGUCAGUGCUGAAUGCUGAUGGAUGGUUACAUUCAUUGAUUAUCUUUCUUUUUUUUUCUUCCCCUCAACUUCCUCGCAUAAUAUUUGCAGAGAGAAUUUAUUUUGGGAAUAUGCGGUUUUUUGUUGUUUUCUUUACCCGUCUUUUUCUUGCCUAUUUUAUUUUAUUAUUUCACUCUGUAUCUUUUUUUUUCAUAAUUAAGAAAAUAUAAUUAUGAAAAAUUUGGGUGUACUGUACUGUAGAAGUGUGAAUAAUUAAGAGUAAUUGAUGGUCGUCUUGGCGUGUAAGUUACGGACACGUUGACAAGAUUAGGAAUCUAAUCUAUAUUAUACGAUCCAGUCGCAUGUGAUACAGAGACUUCCAUUGCCAUGGCUGGUUAAACAAAAUAAUGUAUGUGAUUAUGUGAAUAUAUGUACAAGUAUAUUAUUAUUAUUCGAAAUGUAUUAUUUGAGGAGCUGGCGAUGACAAAAUUGUUUUGGAAUAUUUCGUAUGAUGAUUGAUUAAUUAUAUCUUUUACGGAGUAUUAUACAAGAUGAAAAAAGGGGCUUUGAAUUUAUAUACUCGUACUACAGAAGAAGGAAAAAAAAAAAGAAGAGGGGUAAAAAAAAGUGUGAAAAAUUGUGAUUCUGGAUCAGAGGAGGGGCAGAUGAUUGAGGUCCAAGCAUCACACGGAAAGUGUGGUGAAUAUGUGAAAAGGAUGUGCCAGUUUACCAAUAAUAGAUAAAAAAA